ACACCUAGUUUGAGUAAAGCCGGUUAAGUACAAAUGGGAGAAGGCUUCUCCUCCCGGUCCAUGCCUCCCUGCUCCUGUGCUCUGUUGCUUUUGUGAAGACAAGAUGAAGCUCACAAUCGUCUUUGCUGGACUUCUUGGAAUCUUCCUAGCACCUACUCUUGCUGACUAUAAUAUCAACAUCAGCGAUGACAACAACGCCGCUGGCAGCGGGCAGCAGUCAGUGAGUGUCAACAACGAACACAACGUGGCCAACGUUGACAACGACAACGGGUGGGACUCCUGGAACGCCGUCUGGGAUUAUGAAAAUGGCUUUGCUGCAACUAGACUCUUUCGGAAGAAGUCAUGCAUUGUGCACAAAAUGAACAAGGAUGCCAUGCCCUCCCUUGAAGCCCUUGAUGCACUGGUCAAAGAAAAGAAGCUUCAGGGUGAGAGACCAGAGGGACCCCCUCCCAAGGGCCUCAUGUACUCCAUCAACCCUAACGAAGUUGAUGACCUGAACAAGUUUGGAAAAAACAUUGCUAGUAUGUGCCGGGGGGUUCCAACCUACUUGGCUGAGGAGAUACAAGGAGCAAGCCUAUUUUUUUACUCAGGAAAGUGCUUCAAUACCAACAUACUCUGGAUUGUGAACAUUUCCUUCUGUGGGAAAACAGUGGAUAACUAAAACUACUUUUAAAAGCCAGUAUGGAUUUAGUCAUCGGAGUAUGCUAUGAAUAAAAAUGUGGCUUCUGGUGGUUUUUAUCCUGUCAUUCUGAAAAUUUUUUUUUCUGAUAGUUAUGUUUGGUUUCUUUAAGUUUCAAUAAACCCAUUUAGCAUGAA